UGCGGAUUGGCAUGAUGAUUGUGUACAAUCCCUUCGUUUGAUUUCUUUUUCUCAAAUUUUCUUCAGAAUUUGGCGUCCUAAUUUGAUUCACAAAGCUUUCUUCUCUUCAUGGGUUCGGCUUCGAUUGGUUAUCAAUCCGGAAUAUCAGCUCGAUUUGACAGGAAUCUUAAUCUGAGGUCAGAUAUUACCGUCUCUUCGCUUCCAUGUAAAGUUGAUUUUUCCAGAAAGAGCUUCUUGUCAGCUGCAACAUCCACUCACAACAAGGAAAUUUCAAAUCGAGGUCGGGUAUGUUCUUUGCCAAAUACCGAUGAAAAACUUGAGACGCCAAUACUAGACAGCAUUGAGACUCCAUUUCAGUUGAAGAAUUUGACUGUAAAGGAGUUGAAGCAAUUAGCUGAUGAAAUCCGUAGUGAGCUUCUUUCUGUAGUGUGGAAGGCUCGAAAAUCUGUGAAGCCUAGCUUGGCUGCCAUAGAGCUUACCCUUGCUCUGCAUUAUGUAUUCCGUGCUCCUGUGGACAAGAUAUUGUGGGAUGCUGUGGAACAAACAUAUGCACAUAAAGUCUUGACAGGACGUUGGUCUUCUAUACCAUCCAGACAAAAGAAUGGUGUUUCUGGGGACACUUCAAGAUUAGAGAGUGAAUAUGAUUCUUUUGGGACCGGCCAUGGCUGCAACAGUAUUUCUGCUGGGCUCGGCUUAGCAGUUGCUCGUGAUAUAAAAGGGAAAAGAGACCGGGUUGUUGCUGUGAUAGACAGUGUGACAGUGACUGCUGGUCAAGCAUAUGAGGCAAUGAGCAGUGCAGGUUACUUGGAUUCUAAUAUGAUUGUUAUACUAAAUGAUAACCGUCACUCUCUGCAUCCAAAUAUGGCGGAUGGAUCCAAGACAUCCAUCAGUCCACUAUCUAGCUUCAUGAGCAAAAUCCAGUCUAGCCAAAUUUUUCGAAAAUUCAGAGAACUAGCCAAAGCUAUGACAAAGAAAAUCGGAAAGGGGAUGUAUGAAUGGGCAGCCAAAGUGGAUGAGUAUGCACGUGGUAUGGUGGGACCAACAGGAUCAACUCUCUUCGAGGAACUUGGUUUGUACUACAUUGGUCCUGUUGAUGGACACAACAUUGAAGAUUUAGUUUGUGUCCUCCGAGAAGUAGCUUCUCUAGAUUCAAUGGGUCCUGUGUUGGUCCAUGUGAUCACUGAUGAAAAGCGAGAUGAAGAAACCACAAACAUCGUUGUCAAAGAUAGACGCACUUACAGUGAUUGCUUUGUUGAGGCUUUGGUGAUGGAAGCCGAAAAGGAUAGAGAUAUUGUUGUAGUCCAUGCAGGAAUAGAGAUGGAUCCAUCACUUGUUACGUUUCAGGAGAGAUUUCCAGACAGGUUUUUCAAUGUCGGGAUGGCUGAACAGCACGCUGUCACAUUCUCUGCUGGUCUUUCUUCUGGAGGUCUCAAACCCUUUUGCAUUAUUCCUUCUGCUUUUCUACAAAGAGCUUAUGACCAGGUGGUCCAUGAUGUAGAUAGGCAGAGAAAGGCGGUGAGAUUUGUUAUAACAAGCGCAGGGCUUGUUGGAUCCGAUGGUCCUGUGCAGUGUGGAGCUUUUGAUAUUGCUUUCAUGUCAUGCUUACCAAACAUGAUAGCCAUGGCUCCAGCCAAUGAGGAUGAGCUUGUAAAUAUGGUCGCAACUGCAGCUAACAUCACUGACCGCCCGGUUUGUUUCCGGUUCCCUAGAGGCGUCAUCGUCAACAAGAACUAUCUCGUCCCUAUUGGAUUACCAAUUGAAAUUGGAAGAGGAAGAGUUUUAUUAGAAGGUCAAGAGGUAGCUUUGCUUGGGUAUGGAGCCAUGGUUCAGAACUGUCUUAAUGCUCACUCGCUUCUCUCAAAACUCGGCUUGAACGUGACUGUAGCUGAUGCAAGAUUCUGCAAACCCCUCGACAUAAAGCUUGUGCGUGAUCUUUGUCAGAGCCAUAAGUUCCUUAUCACGGUUGAAGAAGGCUGUGUUGGAGGGUUUGGGUCUCAUGUGGCUCAGUUCAUAGCCCUUGAUGGUCAACUCGAUGGGCAAAUCAAGUGGAGACCGAUUGUGUUACCGGAUGGGUACAUAGAAGAAGCGUCGCCUAACGAGCAGCUUGCACUUGCGGGGCUAACGGGACAUCACAUAGCAGCGACAGCUCUGAGUCUUUUGGGUCGAACUCGUGAAGCAUUGCUCCUCAUGAGCUAACCCUUUGCCAGAAGAUCAGAGACUUAAUGGAGACAUCACACAUUAUUUGAUUAUCUUUCUAACUCUUGAGAAGUGAAUAAUGAGUGUAAUUAUUAAGUUUCAAAAAUAAAAUAAAAACUGUAAAUAUGGAACCUUUUGGAAGAGCUUAAAGAAUCUGCUUUGUAUUAUGCUUUAAGUUAACUGUGUAGAGGUGAAAGUUUA